AUGAAAAAUUCUAAUUAUUCCUUUUUAGCUUAUUUUUUGAUUAUUAGUUUUUUCACAAAUUGUUUUAGUGAAGCAAGAGAAUUUAUUGUUGAUGGAAAAGAAAAUUCUUGGAAAAUUCCUUCUUCACCUAAUGAAUUUAAUAAGUGGGCUGAAAAAACUCGUUUUAGGAUUGGAGAUUAUAUUGUUUUGAAUUAUGAUCCAAAGUCAGACUCAGUAUUACAAGUAAAUGAAGAAGAUUACAACAAUUGCAAUAAGGCCCAGCCCAUUAAAUCAUAUGAAGAUGGAGUAACCAAGAUUUUGCUUGACAGAUCAGGCCCAUUUUUCUUCAUAAGUGGAGCAAAUGGCCAUUGUGAAAAGGGCCAAAAACUUGAUGUGAUAGUCUUGUCACCUAAACAUAGUUCAUCAAUUCGAGUGAAAUUUCUGGCUCCGACACUGGCUCCAGCUCCGGCUCCGGAGAGUGGAAGUAGUGGCAUGAAAGUUGAGAUAAUUGGAGGGUUUAUUGUUAUGUUGGCAAGUAUUAUUGUUCUAGCAUAGGUUAAUUAGUUAAUACUGUCUAAGUUUUAAAUUUUAGGGUUUUUUUUUAUAUUUAAUUAGCAUUGAUGUGUGCAUGAUUUAUUUAUGAACAUUUCAUUGGUCUUUGCUUAUUUAUUUAUUUAUUUAUUAGUAUUUUUGUUUUGGUGGUAAGUGAAAAUGAGAUUACACAAUCAUAUCUACCAGUACAUUUUUUAUAAUAAGUUUAUAGUGUAAUCUAGUUAUAAAAACAAUGCAUAUAAAAAAAACAAGGAUUUACCUGGAGUAGUAAGUACUCAUUCAUCGUUAAUCGGAGAUUUCAGAUUUGAGUCUCGCUAAAUAUGAAAUCGCAUUUGUUAGAGAGCAUUUUACCUGCCGAGACUUUUCAACGAAUUAUUCUCCAAUUAGUGGAUGUGGUGGCAUGAAAGUUGGAAUCAUUAUUAUAUUGGUAAGUUUGUUGUGCGCUUUUAAAACAUAAUAUAUAAAAUUAAACAGAUAAAUACACGAUUUUUUUUGGUUUACUAUUCACUACUUUUUGUGUUUUACUAUGUUGCGUUAUAUUUCUCAUAUAUUCCUUUUAAAUCAAGUGAGAAAUCUUUAAUUUCAAGUAGUUGAAUCACAAGAAGUAUAUGAAAAUUGGAUACAAGCCAGAUCAUACUCUACCAAAAUCUAUUCAUAUUUUUCUAAUAAAUAAAAAUAAAUCAACCAUUUAUUAUAUUUAUAUAGUCGAAAAUUCAUCUCAAACGUUUUUUAUUACUUUAAUAUCUAAGUUGCUUUCAAUAUCUUUUUGUGUUUUGAUGUUUUGAAAAAAAUAUUCAUAAGCUCGAUUGAAUCUGAAUUUGUAUAUAUAAAAGGAAAAGGGAACAAAAGGAAGUGAACAUUCUUUUUCCAUUCAACCCAUGUGUGACUAUAUAUAUGCAAAGGGUCAAUAUGAGAAAACUUAGAGAAAAUUAUUGAAAUUGUUGGUAAUAUUUAACAACUUUUUAAAAAAAUUAUAAAAUGAGAAAUGCUUUAUUUAUAUGAAAAAGACAAAGAAUAUUAG